CGACAUCACCGAACCAGAAAAAGCUUGACAAGUCAGCUCCUCUUUUCAAUGAUAAUUUAAAGAAAAUUGAUGAAAACAAUCAGCCAUACCCUCGGAAUAAAUGAUGAAUCUGUUAAAAGGAACCAAAAACGCGCGUUUGUGAUUGCGCAUGAGUGGUCGGUCCUGCCCCCUGAACGCGCAGCGGACACGCGCCCAUUAAAGCCCUGACAAUCAGUCUCAACGCGACUGCCUCACUGUUUCUCCUCUCAGAGACUUUUAAAAGUCCUCUCACCUCAGAAGCGACGCGAGCGUUUGAAUAAUGGACCUCUGUGUGAUCGUGCUGUUGUCUUUAUGCGGGCUGCUGCAGGGGCAAGAGACCACAGAUCCCAUCUCUCUGGACGACUGCUGUAAGAAUGGCAAGGACCGAGGCCAGGAGUUUCAGGACUGCACGGGACUGAAGCUCCUCUCCGGAUCAAUCACCUGCAGGAUAGCUCAGGAACAGUGUUGUGCUACGGUUCUUGACGACAACAUUUGCACCAGCGGCAUCAAUAAGGCGAAGGACCAGGGAAGUUGUGAUUUUUCCGGCACCACAUGUGAAACGAAGACGGCCAAGAUGUGCUGUGACUGUUGUUUGCUCGGCCGGGCGGCCCAGGAGCGAGGUCUGUCAUGUGACCUCACGCUCGCGGUGGGGUACCAGUGUGGUGUGGUGUCCCGGGCCUGUUGUGUGGACCGCUUGCCGAACGUCGACGGGAAACUGACGCCGGAUUUGCAGCCUUCACAGGGCGACGCUCUAAACACAGAGGACCAAUGCAGAGCUGCGGGCUGCGCUCAGCGGUGUCUCAAUGGCACUUGUGCCUGUUUGGUGGGAUACAAGCUGAAGGCAGACAGAAAAACCUGUGAAGACAUCAACGAGUGUCUGUUGGGCUCUCAUCACUGCCAGCCGGGCGAACGCUGCAUCAACACGCUGGGCUUGUACCGCUGCCAGAGAGAGGUCAGCUGCGGGACGGGCUACGAGCUCACCGACAACAACAAGUGUGAAGACAUUGAUGAAUGUGAGACCGGCACUCAUAACUGCGCAGCUGGACUCGUGUGUCAGAACACAGUCGGGUCUUUCCGCUGCCGACCCAGACUGCAGUGCGGCGCGGGGUUCAUACAGGAUGCUCUCGGCAGCUGCAUCGAAAUAGACGAGUGCCUGAGUCAGACCGGACCGUGUCCGCCGGGUCACAUGUGCUUCAACACGGUCGGCUCCUACACCUGCCAGAGACAGUCUGUUAACUGCGGUCGUGGAUACCAUCUGAACGCUGAGGGGACUCGCUGCGUGGAUAUCGACGAGUGUGCGGGAGCUGAUAACUCCUGUGACGGUCACGGCUGUAUUAAUCUGAUGGGCUCGUACCGCUGCGAGUGCAAGACCGGCUUCAACUUCAACAGCAUCAGCAGAACCUGUGAAGACGUCAAUGAAUGCAGGAACUAUCCCGGCCGACUAUGUGCACACAAGUGUGAAAACAUCCUGGGGUCCUACAAGUGCAGCUGCACCACUGGCUUCAAGCUGGCCGACGACGGGAGGAACUGUGACGACCUCAACGAAUGCGACAGCAACCCCUGCAGUCAGGAGUGCGCCAAUGUUUACGGAUCCUAUCAGUGUUACUGUCGCCGCGGUUACCAGCUGAGUGACGUGGACGGGAUCACCUGUGAAGACAUCGAUGAGUGCGCGCUGCCCACUGGUGGACACAUCUGCUCCUACCGGUGUCACAACACUCCGGGCAGCUUCCACUGCACCUGUCCCGCCACAGGAUACACACUCGCUCCCAACGGACGCAGCUGCCAGGAUGUCGACGAGUGUGUGACCGGCACUCACAGCUGCACAGAGUCUCAGAGCUGCUUCAACAUUCAGGGUGGAUAUAAAUGCCUGAAUUUUGACUGUCCAGUGAACUACAGGCGCUCAGGAGACACUCGCUGUGAGCGCUUGCCUUGUAAUCAGUCUAGCGAGUGCCUGGCCUUGCCUGUGAGAAUUACCUACUACCACCUGACAUUCCCCACCAAAAUCCCCAUUCCCACCAACAUCUUCCGCAUGGGCCCCUCCAACUCCGUGCUCGGGGACGACAUCGAGGUGGCCAUCGUGGACGGUAACCAGGGAGGCUACUUCGCCGCCAAACGCUUGGACCACGGCGGCGUCUUGGUGGUCCAGAAACCCAUCACGCUUCCUCAGGACUUUGAAAUCUCUCUGGAGAUGAAACUUAGGCGAUUCGGACACCUUAGCGUUUACCUGUUCAAGAUACGCUUGUUUGUAACCCCGGACGAGCUGAGCAACGCCAUCGCUGAAUGAAACCAGACGCUUUCUGUGUAUCAUUAAUGCUUGAUUAGCACCCAUGUGCCUCUGGUGUCUCGGCUAAUGUUGCCUUCAAGUCCUUCUGGAGAGUUCCCUAGUUUAGUUACAACGUGAUCAUGUGAUACUAAUUUGCUUCUGACACGAAAAUCCAGUUUCUAAAUGAUAAUUUGCUAAGCUCCGCCCCCUUGGUUACUGUUGCUAGCUCAGACAUGCUUUGCAGAACAUCUCAGAACAAUAAACUGGAGAGUUCUGUGAUAGAGAAAUAAAUAAAUAAAAUAACUGAAUAUUACAUUACAAUAUGCACAUAUAGUGGUAAAAAAAAUCUCAAAUUAAAAAGAGAAAAAUUAUAAUAAACAAAUGCACAAAUGAAGGGUGGAGCUUGAUUUUUUUUUUUUUAAUAUGUCAGUGCACCCGUCUCAUUUCAUUUCCAAAUCUUUCUUAAAUGUAACGUUUCCACUGAAUAUGAAGAAAUGAAGAAAAUAAAAAAUACUAUAAAUAUAAAUAUUCACAAAUUAAAAAUGCAUUUGCACAUGAAGCGGAAAAAUAAAAAUCACAAUGAUUAAAAAAAUUUAUUUGCGGUAAAAUAUGCACAUAAAGUGGUAAAAAAAUCACAAUUUUUAAAAAAUGUAUUUGCGGUAAAAUAUGCACAAAGUGGUAAAAACAAAUUCACAAUAAUUAAAAAAAAUUAUUUGCAGUAAAAUAUGCACAAAGCGGUACAAAAUCCCAAUAAAAAAAAUGUAUUUGCAGCAAAAUAUGCACAUAAAGUGGUAAAAAAUUCACAAUAAUUAAAAAAAAAAAUUUAUUUGCAAUAAAAUAUGCACAAAGUGGUAAAAAAAUUCACAAUAAUUUUAAGAAUUAUUUGCAGUAAAAUAUGCACAUAAAGUGGUAAAAAAAAUCACAAUUUUUAAAAAAUGUAUUUGCAGUAAAAUAUGCACAAAGUGUUAAAAAAAUCACAAUUUUUAAAAAAUGUAUUUGCAGUAAAAUAUGCACAAAGCGGUACAAAAUCCCAAUAAAUAAAAAAUGUAUUUGCAGUAAAAUAUGCACAUAAAGUGUUACAAAUAUCUCAAUUUUUAAAAAAUGUAUUUGCAGUAAAAUAUGCACAAAGUGGUAAAAAA